AUGUGGAACUCACUUGACCCCCGUCCAUCUCGAUGCGAUUUGGUUGUGGGCAGGCAGAUCGGCUUCCUCGGUGGCGCCAUAACAGGGUCUGAUGUAUCCACCUGGUCCGUAAACAAGACCUCGAUGCCACCUCACUUUGUUUCACUUGAAACAACUUACCCAUGCCAUAAUACCAUGCUACUCUCUCUUCCAUUGGAAGAAGGAGAGAAGAGAAAUCGCCAGUUGUGA